AGGAAGUGAGGUUUUUUUUCCUCAGGGGACUCAACUCGUGUAAGCGGAGGAAGGAGUCCCAGGCCUGAACAGUCAUUAAGGAGGUGAAAACCUUGGUCUGAGAGUGUGACAUCAGGAGAGAGGAACCUCAAGAUCUGUAAAGACUCAAGGUUCUCAGGGAAGUAAGGACCUUGGUCUGAGGUGCUGACAGUCCAGGGAGAGCUACAUCAAGUCAUCAGGAGAAGUUCCAGACUCUGCUAGCAUUAAGGUUCUGAGGGGACAAGUUCAGGAGGACAGGUUAUCUGUGAGGCCCAAGGACACCACCUGAAGAGAAGACCUGCCCGUGGUAUCCCAUUGCCUACACUCCUGCUCACACUCUACCUGCUGCCUGUGACCAGAGUCAUCAUGCCUCAUGCGUCAAAACGUCUGUGCCUCGCCUUUGACGAUGGCUUUGUGUCCUUAACUGAAGAGCAGGAAUUGAUGGAUGCAGAGAUUCCCACAACUGAGGAUGAGGAUAGCUCUUCCAAUUCUUCUUUCCACUUCUCCUUCCCUUCCACCUCCUCUGCCUCUUCUCCUGUGAUUCCUGACACCCCAGAAGAGGAAGAGGUGCCUGAUCCUGGGAUACAGAAUUCUCCCCAGAAGUCUCCCCAGGGUUCCCCCGAGAAUUCUCCCCAGAAGUCUCCUCAGAAUGCUCCUCGGAAUUCUCUCCAGAGCUCUCCCCAGAAUUCUCCCCGGAGUUCCCCCCAGACUUCACCUCAGAGCCCUCUCCAAAGUUCUCAGAGCUUCUGCUGCUCCUCCUCUUGGAGUAUUGCAGACAAAAAGUCUAGCAGCCGAGAAGAUGAGAGUUCAAGCAGUUCACUGUCUUUACUGGGCACUCAGUUCUUACCUGUAGACCCACUAAGUGAAAAGGUGACUGAAUUGGUACAUUUCCUGAUCUUUAAGUAUCGAUUGAAGGAGCCCAUUACAAAGGCAGAAAUGCUGGAAGUUGUCAUCAAAACGUAUAAUAACCAUUUCCCUGUGAUUUUCACAAGAGCUUGUAGAUGUUUAGAUGUGAUCUUUGGCAUUGAUGUGAAUGAAAUGGACCCCACCACUCAUUCUUAUGUCCUUGUCAACUCACUAGAUGUCACCUACGAUGACAUGGUUGGUGACUACCAGAGUAUGCCUAAAAAUGGCCUCCUGGUAAUGAUCCUGGGUCUGAUAUUCAUAGAGGGUAACCAUGCCUCUGAGGAAGACAUCUGGGGUUUUCUGAAUAUGAUGGGAAUGUAUCCUGGGAGAGAGCACUACAUCUAUGGAGAUCCCAGCGAGUUCACCAGAGAUUGGGUGCAGGAAAAUUACCUAGAGUACCGGCAGAUGCCCAACAGUGAUCCUCCACGCUAUGAAUUCCUAUGGGGCCCAAGGGCAUAUGCCGAAACAAGUAAGGUGAAUGUUCUGAAAUAUAUGGCCAAAGUCAAAGGGGACGACUUCAUUUUGUUCUCAGGGUGGUAUGAGCAAGCUUUGAGAGAUGACGAGAAGAGAGCUCAGUCUAAAAUUGGUCCCAUGGUUAAUACUGCUGCCCAGUAUAUUGCACAGCAUUGUCCAGAAGCUUCUCCUGACUCAAAUGAAGGUUGAGACAGGCUCUUCACUCUGUGUUUGAAGGAAGCAGUCAAGGUUCUAAAGAGGGUAGGGUCAGGGUAAGGCUGGAAAAAACAUAGUGCACAACUUUUUGUUCUUAUAUGAGUGACAUGGUAGUUUCUCCGUUCCCUUUUUGCCAUUUUUCAAAUGUUUACUUUAUAUUUAGAAUCUAAGUUUAUGAAUGACAUUGGUCACACACUUGUUUA